AUGCUUGGAGAAUCCGGGUACUGGGGAAGCCCUGAGGGACACUGUCUUCCCCUAAUUACUAUGCUCAUUAAUAUUGAUGGUUUGGGAAGCAGUGCUAUUGGUGGGCAGCUCCAAGCAUCUAUGUCGACACAGUCUCCUCUCCCUCCUGAGAAGAAUAUGGACCCAUCAUGUCUAGCAGGUGUGGCUUUUGCUCGAUUCAUCCUUAUUGGAUGUUGGAAGAACCUGAUAGACACUUUAUCUGCUCCCCUUACUGGACGCAUGGCAGGGAGCUCUAAAGGCUUAUCUUUUAUACUGGGUGCUGAAGGUGUGAAGGAGCAAAAUCAGAAGGAGAGAGAUGCUAUCUGUAUGAGCCUAGAUGGUCUCAGGAAAGCUGCCCGUCUUAGCUGUGCCUUGGGGGUUGCCGCUAACUGUGCAUCAGCACUGGCUCAAAUGGCAGCAGCGUCCUGUGUACAAGAAGAGAAAGAUGAUAAGGAAAACACUGAACAUAGUGACACACUUACACAAGUGAAGCAGAAGGUGGAACAAAAACUGGAACAGAUAGGCAAACAAGGAGGAUAUCGGCUGCAUAAUGCACAUGUGCUCUGCAUGGAUGCAAUACUUAAUGUUGGCUUAGAGAUGGGAAGUCACAACCAAGACUGCUGGCCACAUGUCUUCAGGGUUUGUGAAUACAUAAGCACCUUGGAGCACACACAUUUUAGCGAUGGAGCUUCAAAGCUUUCUCUGACCAUCACUCAGUCUCAGCAAGUUUCUACAGAUACACAUUGGCUUUCUGCAGAUGCAUCUCAAGAGUAUACCCCAGAACAGGAGUCCUCUCUUGGCAAAAGUCCUGUCAUCCAGCCAGUUCCCAUCCAAGAACUUAUCAAAGAAGGUACUAAAAGGGCCGAGCCUUCGACUUCCGUGGAAAUAGCUUGAUGAGUGCAAGCAAUGCUGCUAAAGCUGUUUGCACCCUCUCUACACAAGCAGACAAGCUGUUUGAGGGAGCUGCAGACAAGCUCAAUCUGGUGGCUCUUAGUGGGUUCCUUUAUCAUCUGAAGAAGGCUUCCCAGGCACAAUUGUUUCAUUCAGUUACAGAUACAGUGGAUUACUCUCUUGCAAUGCCAGGAGAAAUCAAAUCUACACAGGACAAAAGAAGUGCUUUACAUCUGUUCCGCCUCGGUGAUGUCAUGCUACGUAUUAUCCGGAGUAAAUCUCGUCCAUUGCUUCAUGUCAUGCGCUGUUGGAGUGUGGUGGCCCCUCAUUUUGUAGAGGCAGCCUGUCACAAAGAACGGCGUGUAUCGAAGAAAGCGGUUUCCUUCAUACAUGACAUCAUGACAGAAGUGCUGACUGAUUGGGAGGAGCCCCCACAUUUCCACUUUAAUGAGGCUCUUUUCCGGCCUUUUGAGCGAAUUAUGCAGUUGGAGCUAUGUGAUGAAGAUGUACAAGAUCAGGUGAUUACAUCCAUUGGAGAACUGGUGGAAGUGUGUUCUCCUCAGAUUCAAUCGGGAUGGAGGCCUCUCUUCAGUGCUUUGGAGACUGUACACAGCAGCAAGUCAGAUAUUAAGGAAUAUCUUGUAGGAGAAUACUCCAUGGGAAAACGCCAGGCUCCAGUGUUCGAUGUGUUGAAGCAUUCCUGAAUACAGACAACAUUCAAGUCUUUGCUAAUGCAGCCACUGAUUACAUUAUGUGCCUUAUGAAAUUUGUCAAGGGAUUAGGUGAGGCUGAUUGUAAAGAAAUUGGAGACUGUGCGUCAGCAUCAUCAUCAUCCACAGACCUAUGCCUUCCAGCUCUUGACUAUCUGAGGCGGUGUUCACAGUUACUGGCAAAAAUAUACAAGAUGCCGAUGAAGCCAGUCUUCUUAUGUGGACGUCUCAACAGUUUGCCACGACGUGUCCAGGAAAGAUCAGCAAGUAGUGAAGAUGGCAUUGAUGCAGUGUUAUCAGAGUUUGAUGAUGAGACUGGUCUUAUUGAUGUAUGGAUUAAUCUUCUGGAGCAGCUGACUGCUGCUGUGUCCAACUGUCCACGCCAGCAUCAACCACCUACUCUGGAUUUACUCUUUGAGCUGUUGAGGGAAGUUGCUAAAGUGCCAGGUCCAGGCUUUGCAAUUUAUGCAGUGGUGCAUCUUUUACUGCCUGUGAUGUCCAUGUGGCUGAGCCGCAGCCAGGGUGACCAUUCAUACUGGGAUGCAGCAUCUGCCAACUUUAAACAUGCGAUUGGUUUGUCUUGUGAACUAGUAGUGGAACAUAUCCAAAGUUUUAUAAAUUCAGACAUUGGAUAUGAGAAUAUGAUUAACACCAUGCUGAAAGAAUUAUUCAAGCUUCUGGUGUCCUGUGUGGCAGAACCCACUGAAACCAUCUCGAGAGUAGGCUGUUCUUGUAUAAGAUACGUAUUAGUAACUGCAGGACCUGUAUUUACCGAGGAAAUGUGGAGGCUGGCCUGCUGUGCUUUGCAAGAUGCAUUUUCUGCUACAUUGGAACACAUGAAGAAUCUCUUAGGCUACUUCCAUAGCGGGUCAGAAAGUUUUUCUGGUGAUGCCUGCGAAGUGAAGGUGGCAGCUCCAUCUUUGUCUCCAAAUGCAGAAGCAGAGUAUUGGAGAAUCCGAGCCAUGACGCAACAGGUGUUUAUGCUGGAAACUCAGUGUUCACCAAAGACCCCUAACAACAAAGAAGGUUUUGAGCAUGCCCAGUCAUGUGUGCUUAUUAUAGAGCUUCCACCUGAUGAGAAGACCAAUGGGCACACACAGAAAAGGUAUCCAAGCAUUCCAUUUAGGACUAUCGUAGUCAGUUUAUUAUCCCACCAAGUGUUGCUGCAAAAUCUCUAUGACAUUUUGCUAGAAGAAUUUGUGAAAGGUUCUACAGUUUUAGAGGAUAAAACUGCUCCUAUCCAAGAGGCCAAAACUGUUGGAUUCCUUCGAUACAUUUCUAUGCAGAAUUUGGCUGUGAUUUUUGACCUGUUGUUGGAUUCCUAUAGAACAGCCCGAGAGUUUGAUGCCCGUCCAGGACUGAAAUGUUUACUAAUGAAAGUUUCAGGGAUUGGUGGAGCAGCAAAUCUUUACCGACAAGCAGCAAUGAGCUUUAACAUAUAUUUUCAGGCUCUAAUUUGUGCUUUGCUGACCAAUCAAGACAACAUUACUGCAGAUGUUGUCAAGAAAAUACUUUAUGAAGAAGAUGAGCACAGCACAGACUCAUCUCAGCAAUGUUCUUCAGAAGAUGAAGACAUCUUUGAGGAAACUGCCCAAGUCAGUCCUCCACGAGGCAAAGAGAAGAGGCAGUGGAGGGCCCGAGUCCCAUCUCUGAGUGUCCAGCCAGUAAGUAAUGCUGAUUGGGCUUGGUUAGUAAAAAGGCUACAUAAACUGUGCAUGGAGCUGUGUAAUAACUACAUUCAGAUGCACCUGGACUUGGAGAAUAAUGAUGAUCAUCCAGGAAUUAAAGGAGAUCCUUUCUUUAUUUUACCAUCAUUUCAGUCAGAAACUUCUACCCCUUCCACAGGAGGCUUAUCAGGCAAAGAUACACCUUCAGAAGAUGAUAGAAAUCUAAGCAAAGACCAUUUUACUGAUACCAUGCCACCCAGAAGUUUUGGUGCAGCAAUUCCACAAAGCCCUAAAAUGGAGAAAAGAGAUCCGUCUAGGAAAAAAGAAUGGUGGGAGAAUGCUGGCAACAAAAUCUAUACAAUAGCCACAGAUAAAACAAUUGCAAAAUUGAUGACUGAGUAUAAAAAGAGAAAGCAGCAGCAUAACCUGACUACAUUUGUAAAAGAUACUAAAUUGGAUAAAAAGGGGGACAUUCUCUGCUCAAGAGGCCAGGAUUCCCCAAUGCCUCAAAGACCACAACAUCUUGUGGACCAAACCCAGAUGAGACAUUCAUUCAGCGCUGGUCCAGAGAUACUGAGGCAAGAAAAGAGAUCCCGCUCUGGAUCCACUGUUAGCAGUUUUAAUAUAUCAACAAGGGAUGCAGAGGCACAAAUACAGGCAUGGACCAACAUGGUGUUGACCAUUCUCAAUCAAAUUCAGAUCCUGCCAGACCAGAUGUUUGCAGCACUGCAACCAGCAGUGUUUCCUUGCAUCAGUCAGCUGACCUGUCAUGUGAAUGAUAUCCGUGUCCGACAGGCAGUUAGAGAAUGGCUGGGAAGAGUUGGCAGAAUUUAUGAUAUUAUUUUAUGA